AUGUUACGAACUAUCCAUAUGCCGCGAGUACUGAGACGUCAGUUUCAAGCCCUUAUAAAGAAUAUGCCUUCAAGAAUUACUACUGCCCCUACUCCUACUGCUGCUGCUAUUUCUGAUACUGUUGCCCGCCAUUUGUCAACAUUCGAACCAGCUCCUCCAUUAACUGUUCAUGAUCUUAACCCACUGACAGUCACUGCAAAAUAUGCAGUCAGAGGGAAAAUCCCAAUAAUUGCUGAUGGAUUAUCUGAAUUGAUUAAAUCAAAACCAACUAGUCAUGGAUUACCAUUUAACAAAAUUAUUAAUGCUAAUAUUGGGAACCCACAACAAUUAGAACAACGUCCUUUGACUUGGUAUAGACAAGUAUUGUCAACCUUACAAUAUCCUGGUCUUUUGGAAACAGAUAUCGGUUUUCCCAAAGAUGUAAUUGAAAGAGGUAAGACUAUUCUUAAGAAUGUUGGUUCUAUUGGUGCAUAUAGUCAUUCUCAAGGUAAUGGUUAUUUACGUCAAUCAAUUGCCGAAUUCAUGGAAAGAAGAGAUGGAUAUCCUUCUAAUCCAAAUAAUAUCUUUUUAACCUCGGGUGCUUCUACUGCAGUUUCCUAUUUAUUACAAGUGUUAUCUGAAGACGUAAACUCGGGGUUUUUGAUUCCAAUUCCUCAAUAUCCAUUGUAUACCGCCACAAUUGCAUUAAAUAACGCUAAACCAAUCGGUUAUUAUCUUGAUGAAGACAAUCAUUGGUCAACUAACCCACAAGAAAUCAGAGGCCUCAUUAAAGAAAGCCAAGAACAGGGAAUCAAGAUCAAAGCUUUGGUUGUGAUUAAUCCAGGUAAUCCAACUGGUUCUAUUCUUUCUCCACAAGAUAUGAUUGAAUUAAUUGAUAUUGCUGCUGAAUUCGGUAUUGUACUUAUUGCUGAUGAAGUUUAUCAAGAAAAUAUUUUUAAAGGAAAAUUCAUUUCAUUCAAGAGAAUAUUAUGUGAAUUACGUGAACAAGAACCAAAAACAUACGAACAUGUCCAAUUAGCCUCAUUGCAUUCUACUUCCAAAGGUGUUAGUGGAGAAUGUGGUCAAAGAGGUGGAUAUAUGGAAUUAGUUGGUUUCCCCACCGAAGUCAAAGAUGUGAUAUUCAAACUUGCUUCCAUCAAUUUAUGUUCAGUUGUUUCCGGACAAGCAUUAAUGGAAUUAAUGAUUAAUCCUCCAAAAGAAGGUGAUGAAUCUUAUGAAUUAUAUAAAGCCGAAACAAAAGCAAUUCAUAAUGAUUUAGAAAUUAGAGCUGAUUUAUUAUAUAAGGCUUUCUUGGAAAUGGAAUGUAUUGAAUGUAAUAAAUCAAUGGGAGCAAUGUAUUUAUUCCCUCGUCUUAAUUUCCCCGAAGAUAAGUUUCAUAAAUUAUUUUCAAGAGCUCAUAAUUCAGGAUUGGAAAUUGAUGAUGUUUAUUGUAUUGAACUUUUGGAACAUACUGGUAUUUGUUGUGUACCUGGGAAUGGAUUUGGUCAAAAGCCGGGAACUUGGCAUUUAAGAACUACCUUUUUACCACCUGGUGAAGAAUGGAUUCAUAAAUGGACUGAAUUCCAUGAAGGAUUUAUUAAGAAGUAUAAAGAUUGA